AUGGUGUUCUCGUAUCCGAACCGUCCAAAUUUCCACAUCGCUAAUGGCCUCUCCUUCAACGCUUGUCGUGGAGAAUCAAUCGCAUUGGUUGGACCGUCCGGAUCUGGGAAAAGCACGAUCAUUAAUCUUCUUCAAAGGUUUUAUGACGCUCAGGAGGGCUCAAUUAAUCUGGAUGGAAAAAAUAUCGUGGAGAUCAAUACACAGCAUUUGCGCGAUAACAUAGCGCUGGUCGGCCAGGAACCAGUUUUGUUCAAAGGAACGAUUCUCGAGAACGUGCUUCUGGGCGCUGAUAAAUGUACUGAGGGAGAUGCCAUCGAAGCGUGUCGCCUAGCGAACGCUUCCACAUUUAUAGAAGCACUACCAGAGAGCUAUGACACAGAUGUUGGUGAAAAAGGACGAUCGCUGUCAGGAGGCCAAAAACAACGCAUUGCAAUCGCGCGAGCGUUGGUUCGGAAGCCUAAGAUUCUUCUUUUGGAUGAAGCCACGAGCGCGCUUGAUGCUCAGAGUGAACAGUUGGUUCAGCAAGCACUGGACAAGGCAAAGCUUGGUCGUACAGUUAUUACUGUGGCUCAUCGACUGAGCAGUGUUCAAAACUGUGAUCGGUAA